AUGAAUUAAGAAGAAUAAGAAAUUUAAGAAAUUUAGGAAAAUAAAAUUGAAGAUCUUAGAAAUAAUGAAGAAUUUCAAUAAUUCUGUGAUCAUGUCUAAUAAAUUCAAGAAAACUUAAAUGAAUAUAUCACAAAAUAAUAAGGAAAUUAAGGUGAAGAAAAUUAAAGACUUCAUUUAUAACUUUAAGAGAACUUUGAAUUAAUAAAACAGAAAAUAGCUGCUUUGAGAAGAUCUGAAGUGAUUGAAAAUUAAGAGGAAUUAAAAAAAAUGAUUGAUGAAGUGACAAAAAUAGUUUAAUAGACAAAUGAACCAUUCUAAUAAAUUUGUAAAUAAUUAGCUUUAUAUUUAGAAUAAGAAGGGAAUGAUUUUGAUGGACUAGAAUUAGAAUUUACAUAACCAAGAAGAAUUAAAGGUCUAAGAAAUGCAUAAGAAAGAAAAUAAGAUAGGAAAAGAGCUAGAAUAUAAAAAUCAAAAUAGGCAUUCUAAAUAUUUAAAAAAUAUAUUAUUGUUUCCUUGAUAGCUUUUUAAAAGUUUAUAAAAGAUCCAGAAAACAUAGCUAAAUUAUUUGUGAUAGCAGUAAGUUGUUUUUUUGUAAGUUCCUUUUUAUAAAUACCAGAUAUGAGUAAAAGACAUAGUUUAUAUAUACUUGAAUGGUUAGCUUAUAAUAGAUGUGCCAGAGUUGUUUUAAUAAGUGGAUCAUUCUGUUUUGUAUCAUUAACUUGGUAUAUUAUUUUAUUGAUAUGGAUUGGAUUUAUGGGAUUGAAUGAAACAAAGGGAAAAUUGAAUACUCUUAUCCAUGAAUGUAAUCCAAUAUUAUAAUUAACAUUAAUAUUUAUGACUGAUAAUGACUUAAUAAAUAAUAAAUUGGAUUUAGCCAUAUGGUUUUGUUACUUAUUUCAAUAUGCUACCUAUAGAGUAUAUUAUAUACAUUCAGUAAAUAUUAUUAAAAAGAUAUUAUCAACACUAACAUCAUAAAAUUUCAAUAGAGUAUAUUAAUUUUAAUAAAUUUAUAUCUUUUCUUUAAUAAUAUUAGCAAUGAAUUUCCUCAUAACAUUUUUUGGUAUUUUAAUGCUCCAUAAAGUUGGUAUUUAUGCUUUAAGUUUAUUAUUUUAUGGAGGAAUUUAAACUUUCAUUGAAUAUUCUCAAUUAAUAUUGAUUUGUAAGAAAUUACAAUAAAAAUAUACUUACUUUAUAAACAACAAUAUAGAAUAAUUAACUGAACCUUAAUUUUAUUAAGAAAUAAUACCAGAUAUUCUUUAUUCAAUAGUAAAGAUAUUAUAUUGUUCUUAAUUAAUUGUUAAUUAUUUUAGGACAAUCAAUUUUCAUAUAUUUUUGCAUCUUUGGUUAUUCUAAAUAUUUUCAGAUUUAUAAAGUAAUUAAUUUUAUUAAUAUUAGGUUCAUUGUAAUCCCUUAAAAAGAAUAUAGAUUAAUUAAUAAAAUAUAAAAGAAUAUAGUAACAUUUGGAUUCAUUGUUUCCAAGAGUUUUGGAUAUUUAAGAAGAUGAAAUAUGCAUAAUAUGUCAUGAAGAAUUGAUAUUAGCAAGAAGUUUGCCUUGUCAACACAAAUUUCAUUUAAAAUGUUUGUUUGGAUGGUUAAAAGCCCAAUAAUAAUGCCCAAUUUGUAGAGCUGAAGUUCCAAUUGAAUUAGAAUAACCAUAAUAAAUAUUUAGUAGAAUAUUUAGUUUCAUAACCUAAUUUAGUAUUUCAAACUUUACAUUCUUUUUCUAUAUUAAUAGUGGUAGACAAUAAGACUUUUAAUUGACAGAAUGGGAAGAAUAGGCUUUAUUAGGAUAAUAAUUAUUACAAUAACAAUAAUAAUUACGUUAAUAAUAAUAAUAAAGAGACUAGGAAUAAAUAUAAUAAUUACAAUAGGAGAGAUAAUAACUAUAAUAAUAAUAAUAAUAACUACAAUAAUAAUAGUAAUAUUUAUAGUAAUAAUAAAUCUUACUUCAAUAAUAAUAAUAAUAAUAAUAAUAAUCAACUUAAGAUUAAAAAUAACUUAAUGAAAUUAAUGAUUAUCCCGAAAAAAUAAUUAAAUAAAAUUCAAUUGAGGAAUAAAGAGAUGAUAUAUAAUUUAUAUAAGAGGAAGAUGAAAAGAAAGAGUAAGUAGUUAAGGAUAAUUAAGACUAUGAGGAGAAAGAAAAUGUAGAUUAAUAAGGAGAAUAAAUGUAAUUCUAAGAAAAUUAAGAUGAAUAAUUGGAAAAUUAAAAAUAAGAAUUAAAAGAAUAAUAAGAACUUAAAGUAAUAAUUGAAAAUCAAAAUUAAGAAGUAGAAUAAAUUAUAUAAAAAGAAAUUGAACAUUUUGAUUUUACUGAAUGA